AUGUGGGAUGCUGUCACUAUGUCCAAGUGUGCUCGAAAUCAGAAUCGACUACCUUUGGGCGAUGAAAAUCACUGUUAUUUAGAACGAUUUUCAGUGUGGAAGACAUUCAACGUACCACAAAUGCGUACAAUACACGCACUCCUACUGCUCGUCGUCGCCUUCACUGUUCACUUCAUCCAUGCCCACGGCUGGCAUUUCGGUGGUCAAAGUGCGGAUGAUCAGAUCGCAUCGCGUGAUAUUCGAGCAAAGGAAAUUUCACCGCCAAGCUACAUGAAACGCACCGAGCAACAGCAACGAGAGCAAUUAUUACGGCAUAUUUGGAUGGAUAAUUUAAAUUCAAGGAUUCCUAAAGGCAGUCAAGAUAUCUCGCAAUCCUCGGUACAGUUCUUACCCUGGUGGCAGCAACGCUAA